GAGAGAGUGAGAGGAAAGAAGGGGGAACAGUCUGAUUCGAUUUAACGGGACUUGCAACUUCAUCGGCCUCUCUCUUGCUUCGACUUUCAAGCUGAAUAUACGAAAGACCGUGAAAAAAUAUGCAAACAACGUAAAGAGCCAAGCGUCCAGUAUAAUUUGAUGCAAUUAUCGUUGAUGCAAUUAUGAAAGAAGAAAAAGAAAAUGAAGUAGGAAAAAAGAAAUUGUCUAAGGAAUUUCCUUACUUAUCUACCUUUAUUUCCUUGACUUUCUCUGUCGUGAACAAGAGAAUGAUUGGCAUUAAAGACACUAAGAAAACCGUUUAUUAUAGAUAAUUAUUACGGUGUCGUUUGAAUAUCUUUAAGAAGAAUAGACGAAGACAUCGAUGAAGAAUCUCGCCAUUCUUUUAUCUCCUUCGUCGUUUAUUAUUCAACGGGUAGCUUAGCAUCGUUGAAGAAGUCGAUGGUAAUUUAUCGGAUCCCGGCCCUCUAAACCCAUGGAUAGACGGCACCGUGGUAAAAGAACGCCUUAGGGGUGAAAACGAGAGCCCAACGCUCGAUCAUCGAGAGCCAUUAUGCUCUCGUUAAGCGUGCGAUUGACUUUAGAGUUCGUCGACGAUGCCGCCGUCGAUUGCGGCCGUCGAACGGCUCGUCGAAUCAAUUUUACGCGCGCGCUUCGCGAGAAAUUGCCAAUCGUUCGUUGAAAAAGUGAAAUAUAUAGAGAGACGGAGAGAAUAUUCGCGAAUAUACAUAUAUAAAUUUCACAAGUAUUAAACUUGCAAAAGCGAAAUUGAUAAAAAGAAUCCUUUUGAACUCAAUAUUUCUCAUCGCUCAGUUCGUUUUCUCCGAUUCACCGUCAUCGAGUUACUCGAGAUUCUCCGACUCUCUCCUAUUUCACGCUAAAACGAAUUUUUGUCGUGCGAAUAUAGAACAUGGAAGAAGAUCGUGAAAAGGUCCACGGAAGGAACUCUUACUCGUGCUCACUCUUCUUAGAAAACGUUUGAAAAGGGCAAGGGAAAUCGUUUGAGUAUUUUUAUUUUUUAAUUUAAAAAGCGAUUAAUACCUCUAUAAAAAAAUAUAUAUGUAUAUCGAUCAUAUUUCCACUUUCCUUUUGGUACCAAAGGAAUUUUCUCGAAACUUAUACCGAACUAGGGAGAAGUAGUAUUUCUUCUCGAAUAAUAUUGUCAAAGUUAGAUCUCGAUCUCGACAAAGUUAUAACAGACGGACGGAUUUCGAUCGAGUUUGUACGUGAACGUCGCAUGCAAACGCGUAAACUCAAGAACGUGAACCAUUUGAAGAUACCUUAUAUCAACAUUUGUUACAACUUCAUUAGAACAGAUCCUCGCAUGUAACGCACUCUCAUUUUUCGUUUUUCGAUCGAUGGGUAAUGAUGUAAUAGAAUCACGUAGAGUAUUCUCAGCUUUUUCGUGUCUUUAGAAAGAUAUUACGGUUCUGACUACUGUACGGAGUUGGAUCUGACUGAAUAGUCGUAGAAUUUACUACUUUCAUCUAGUUCAGAAUAUGAUACAUAUAUUUUUUUCGAAUAAAAAAAAGUUAUUGAAGCCAGAUAAAAGAGUUUCGCAUGAGAGGAGAGAAUAGAUCGGUUUGUUUCAAAUAAAAUACAAAUUGUCGAACGUAGAAAAUAAUAUACUUAUUAAGAGAAUGGCGGAUUAUCGACAGGCAAGAAGAUACAAUUCAAAUUGGUCGAGUAAUCGCGUUAUCAUCCCAUCGGCUGAGAAUUUUCUAAACUUUGAACUCUUGCGAAGGGUUUAAAGCAGCGAUCGAAUUGGUUAAAGGAACAACACAGUAACUUCUUAGAACUUUCCUCUGCUCGACGACAACGAAAAGGACAUCGAUGAAGAGGAUGUUGCUUUUGUACGACGGAAAUGCAGCUCGUAAUUCAAGGAGGUGCCGACGUCUUGUCGGUGAGCUGUUCGUUGAGUCUGUGGAAAGGAGAGAGCCGAUAUCUCUACGGUAUGGCUGGAGGGUGAAGGACCGAAAAGAGGAAGAGAACUUGAAGAAGAAGAAGAAGCGUGGAGUGGAGUUAACCGUUCGAGACGAAAGUCUCGACGAGACUUGCAUCAGCCGGUGUGUACGAGACUUGCUCCGGUUCUCUGCAAAGGCGCGUAUAAGUGGUUGAAAAUCGAAGAGAGAAAGAGUGAGAAGGGACCCACCACGAGUCUCUCGUGACCGAGCUCUCCUCUUCGUUUCCUCUGUGGUUUUGUCUCACAUACCACUCUUUCUUCUUCCUCUCUGUCUCUCUCUCUCUCUCUCUCUCUCUCUCUCUCUCUCUUUCUCUUCCACACAUACACACGCAUACGCACAUCAUUUAAAAUCCCAUCGAAUUUCUCCUUUGCCUUUCUUCUUUUUCUCCAAGCACCGUCUCCCUUUUCUCAUCCUUCCUCUUUCCUUCUACUCUUUCUACUCCUUUUCUCUUUAUCUCUUUCUUUUAGUCACACUCGAGAGUUUCGGCUGGCCUUGAUCCAGUCGCACCAACCUCGACUUUUCAAGGGGCCUGUUAGUGUACGACGGUAAAAAGAAAAAGAAGCAUCAUUCUCAUCGUCGUAGUCUGCGAGCUUUGAACCACAAAGUGCAUCCUUCCAUUAGAGCGCGUGAUACUUCGUGGCCAGCCGGUUGCAAGAGCAGGUUUAAUACAAAUAAAUAAAGCACUUUCUAACGAGUACAAAAAAUAAAAUAUAUUUUUCAAAAUGUAUUGGUUAAAAAUAUCUUUUAUCCUAUGUAUGUUUGGAUUGCUAAAAGACUUCAGGCCAUCCGAGUCAUUCGUAACUGAUUAUUUAACAGGACCAUGGAAGAAUUUUACACAUGCACAAGUCAAUCAAGAAAUUUAUCCAGUUAGCACGUACAGUUAUUUUUUAACUCUAGUUAUUAUAUUUUUGAUAACAGAUUUUGUAAGAUAUAAGCCUAUUAUUAUAUUGUGUUCACUUUCUGGAAUGAUUGCAUUUCUUGUAUUGAUAUUUGGAAAAACUGUGCCAGUAGUUCAGAUCACUGAAUUCUUUUAUGGUCUGUUUCUUUCUUCCGAAGUGGCAUAUUAUACAUACAUAUAUGCAAAAGUUGAUAAGAAACACUAUCAAGAAGUGACAGGUCAUACAAAAGCUGCUUCGCUUGUUGGACGGUGUAUGGCUGGAAUUAUAGCACAAUUAACAGCUUCUUUUCAUAUAUUAGAUUUCCAUGAGUUGAAUUAUCUUACCAUUGCAGCGUUUGGUCUCGCCACGAUAUGGACGUUUUUUUUACCAUCCGUCGGUCAAUCGAUUUAUUUUCAUUCACCUAUUUAUGAUCAAAGUAUUACAACCGCACCAGCGGAUACCGUGAAAUCGUCGGAAAGUGACAAUUGCUAUGAAUUCGAUCGUCAUAAACAAUCGAGAUAUAAUCCUGCGAAGAGAAAUAAUGUUACCUCAAUGUCUUCUAAGUUGAAACAUGCCUACGCGUUAUUAUGGCAACAUUUUUUAAACGCUUAUACGCAUCAUCACAUUGUAAAAUGGUCCAUGUGGUGGGCAUUUUCAACUUGCGGCUAUUUGCAAAUAACUAAUUACGCCCAACUUUUAUGGCAAACGGCUGUUGAAUCAUAUGACGAUAUCUAUAACGGAGCGGUAGAUGCUUGUUAUGCAAUAAUAGGUGCUUCCACCGUUUUUGUCAUUUCUAAAAUACCAUUCAACUGGCCAGUGAUAGGAGAUGUAACAUUAACAUUAUUUGCCCUUAUAGAGGGUGGCUUAAUUAUAUUGUGUUCUUAUAAUUAUAAUAUUUGGGUAUUAUAUACUGCUUAUAUAAUAUUUGGAGUGGUUUAUCACACUAUGGUCACUGUUGCAAGCUUCGAAGUUGCAAAAAAUAUAUCUGAAGAUAGCUACGGUUUAAUAUUUGGGACAAAUAUCUUUUUAGCACUAUUGUUCCAAAGUUUGUUAACAUUAAUAGUUAUUAAUGGAAAUCUUGGAGACACUAUUAGAUCUCAGUUUUUCAUUUAUGGCUGUUAUUAUAUAAUUUUGGCUGUGAUAUUUUUAAUAAUAGCUAUAUAUACGAUUAUAAAACGUUAUAGAAAUGGUGAUAAAUUUGAAAUAUGGUUAAAAAAUAAGAACAUUCGAAAGUCAAUAGAUAACAUCGAUAAUAAUGAAUCGUUUAAUACAAAUUCGACGGUAUCUAAAAAUGAUAUCUUAACUGUUCAAUCAGAAGAUAAGUAUUGCGUAAAUUAAUAAUUAUAAAAAAAAUGUAUAAUAUCCUCCUUGUAUUAUUCUUGUACGUAUUAUAUUUACUAAGAAUGAACUAUUUAUUAGCUUUAGUUAGAAAGACGUUGUUAUAAUAACGAAUAAUAUCCCUUUUUUAUGGUUUUUAUUAUUAAAAGAAAAAAAAAAAAAUAAUAAUAAAAAAUAAAAAACCCUUAACGUUGUCUUAAAACUUGUAGUAUGGAAUACGAAAAGAACAGUAUUUGUAUUUGUAAGAUAGUAAAAAAUAAACAUCGAUAGAAAAAUUGAAAUUUAUAUCAGAAACUAUUACUUUUUGAUAAAUUGUAUUAUCAAACAAAUGUUUAUUUUAGAUGAAAAUUCAUUUUAUUAUUCUCACGACGUGAAAAGAAUAAAAAUUAAUCGUGCAGUUUUAAAUAAUUUGAUGGUAUUAUUUAUUGCGGCAAAUACCCAAACGUCAAUGUUUGCGGUUUUUAUAAAAGUGUAAAUAAAAGUAAGAAGAAAAAAGAUAGUAUCGUCGAUAUAUCCUGGUUACUUAACUCCAAUAAUUAUUUCAUGAGCAAUGUUUCUUUGAAUUAAAAUUAAAUAUGCUCGAACGAUCAAAUUGAAAAAGAAGCUAAACGAAUUGAACGUGUACAAAUUUCUUUCUAUAUACAUUGUAUUACAACUAAAAUAAAACAAACAUAUCAAAUCUUUUGAUCAUUUCAUCGAUAUUAACGAGAUAAUAUUAUUUUUUUGUACUUGAACGCAUCACAAAAUAAAGGCAAUAUAUAUAUAUAUAUAUAUAUAUAUAUAUGUGUUUUAUUGGAAAUUAUCGAUAGAAACGUAGUCUUAAUCAUCGAAUCUUGUGGGAUUUUCCUUCGGAAUGCAUUGCAAUUAUAUAGAGUCAAUUAAAAUACGUAGACGAUCAGAAACGUGCGUAUAAACAUCUUCGAUGAAAACCGAGGGGAGGUCAAAGCGACAGAUAGUAAGUACGAUUUGUUUAUGAGGGGCAUCGAGCAUAUAAAACAACUAACGGCGUUGCCUAAUGCCGCAGUUUGUAAUAUCCACGCGAGUGCAAACAUAUUACACGUUUUUCGUCCGUCAUCAUAACUCGUGUCUUUGGAAAAAAGCAGCUUACCUAAAAAGGAAUUUCUAUCCGUAAAGCAA